CGCAUCUAUCGCCCGAGUUCACGACUACGCAUUCACUCCGCCGCUUCUGGUUCGCGCACCAGCCCAUAUCUCCUCAAUAUCGUCCAGUCUGACGGCACUAUACCGUCUCUCUUGCGACGCGCGGUCGGGGGCUCUUGCGCCCCCGCUGGUUGGAGCACGACUUUGCGGAGAACAGUGCAAGCGGCGUACAAGCAGACACAGCAUCGAACCAAGGGCUCCCAAGCGGGCGUCGCGAUGCAAGGAAGUGGAAUGGAUGAAGGAGAAGGAGUACCGGUAGGGGUCUCGAGCACAGCGAACCCGCGGAAACGGGUGAAGCUUCACGGACGGGCCUUCUACGAGAGCAUCGGGAGUCCGAAACUGGUUCUUGCGCCCAUGGUAGAGCAGUCCGAGUUCGCCUGGCGCCUCCUAACCCGGUCCUUCCUCCCCGCGUCCCAGCAAUCGAACCUCCUCUGCUACACGCCCAUGUUCCACUCGAAGCUGUUCUACGACGCCCCCAAAUACCGUGAUUCGCAUUUCCAGCCCCUCAAAUCGGGCACCCUCCCCUGCCCGGCAGACCCUUCCCAUACCUCCCACGACACCAUACCGCAGAGCGAAUGGCACCUCGACGGCAACCCCACCUGCGACCGGCCCCUGACGGUGCAAUUCUGCUCCAACUCCCCCGACGACUUCCUCAACGCGGCGAAACUCGUCGCGCCCUACUGCGACGCCGUAGACCUCAAUCUCGGCUGCCCCCAGGGCAUCGCCAAGCGCGGAAACUACGGUUCCUUCCUGCAGGAAGACUGGCCGCUCAUAUCGAGCAUGAUCCGGCGGCUGCACGAAGAGCUCGACGUCCCCGUCACGGCCAAGAUGCGCGUCCUCGAGACGCGCGAGAAGACGCUCGCGUACGCCAAGAUGAUCCUCGAAUCCGGCGCUAGCAUCCUCACGGUCCAUGGCCGUCGCAGGGAGCAAAAGGGGCAUAACACGGGAUUGGCGGAUUGGAGCAUGAUUCGUUACCUGCGCGACAACCUCCCGCCGGAGACCGUGCUCUUCGCAAACGGAAAUAUCCUCCAGCACGACGAUAUCGCCAAGUGUCUUGAGGAAACGGGCGCGGAUGCCGUGAUGAGCGCCGAGGGGAACCUGCACGAUCCGACCAUCUUUGCGGAGCCGCCAGCGGUAGGGGAGGAAGGCGCAGAGUACUGGAGGGGGAGGGAUGGGAAGGGCGGGUUUAGGGUGGAUGCGGUCAUGAGGAGGUACAUGGACAUCAUUUGGCGGUAUGCGUUGGGCAGGGAGCCGCCGGUGAGGAGGAAGCUGUAUGUACCGGGGGAGGUGCAGGAGCCGGCUUCUUCGGAGACUGUGAAGGGCAAGGAGACCGUCUCUGAAGCCAACUUAAACACCAACGGAAACCCCCAACCACCACCUCUGGAGAAGAGAGGAGAAGAAGAAGAAGAAGCAGAUCAGCAAGGCGAAGCCGACGGCCAACAACCCCCGCGCAAGAAGCAGAAGCAAUCCAAGGCCGACCGCAAAGCGGCCAAAAUCACAAGCCCCAACCUCACCGCCAUGCAGGCCCAUCUGUUCCACCUGCUGCGGCCGCUCGUGGGCCAGCACCACGACGUGCGCGACGCGCUGGCCAACUGCCGUGUCGGCGACAUGGAGGCGUUUGAGAAGGUGCUGCGGAUGGUGGAGGAGGUGGUGGAGGAGGCGUUGAGGGCGUAUGGGAGGGGGGUUAAUAUGGGAGGGGAGGAGAAUAUAGAGGCUAAUGGUGGACGUACGACGGAGGGGCAGAGCAAUGGCACGGCAGAGACGGCGGUGGAUACCGGCAUCGAAGUCGAUCCGCAUACGUCUUCGCUCGCUGCCGUUGCCCGCUGCAAGCGUCCCUGGUGGAUCUGUCAGCCUUAUGUUCGCCCGGUCCCCAAGGAAGCGCUCGAGAAGGGCAGCAUGCAGCUCAGUAAGAAGGAGAAGCGGAGGUUGGCGGAGGAGGAGGAGAAGAAGACGAAGGCUGAGGCUGAGGCUGAGGCUGAGGCGAAGACGAUGGGGGUGCAGACCGAUGCGAGGGUGGAGGUGGAGAGCGAGGCUAUGGGGUCAGAGGUAAGGGGAGACGGAAAGGGAGAGCGGGAGAAGAAAGUGGUCGAGGAGGAGAUACCCAAGGAAGGUGUUGUUUGUGGAUAGUCGUGUAAAGUGUACUUUUUUUCGAGGCUGUUUCAGACGUAUAUGGCUGCUUUUGGAGUUUUAGACGGGAUUUGAGUUGCAUUGUUAUCAUCUUCGCUGGGUUUUGCAUAGCGCAUGGGAAAAUGCAUUCGGGAUGGUUAUUGGACGAUGGGGUAGACAGCAUAUAGACUAGCGAAAUCACGAUGGG